AUGGAAUAAAAUUCCAAUUAUUUUUUCAAUUCUACUAUUAAAGAGCAAAGAGAAUUUUGGAAUAGAGAUUUUCAUAUUUUAGUGAAUAAUCAUGAAAAUUUUGAGAUUUAAAAUGAUAAUUGUACUAGUUUUUAUAAGAGAAGCAAGAUUCUUAAAAAAUGGAUACCUCGAUUUUAUUCUGUAUAAGGCAAUUAUAUAUUGUAUGGUGAUAGGAACCUCAAAGGUUUUAGAAAGCUAGAUUGUGUAUACUUAAUGUCUAGUAUAGUAAGUGGCCCCUAUAAAUAUAAAUUGGAGUUGACUUACAGUGGUUUUACUAUCGAAUUAUACACUGAUCAAAAGUAGGAUUAUGACAGUUUUAAGGGAACUCUCUAAUCACAUUGUAUUUUAACUGAUUUUCAUACUUAAUAUACGUUAUUAAGAUAGAUAGGAUUUGGAUCGAGUGCUCAAGUCUACAUAGCCAGAAGUAAUUACAAUUAGCAACUCUAUGCCAUCAAAAGAGUUCAAAAAAAUUACACAGUCAAAUAAAAAAAAUUUGAAUAAGAAUCAGCAUUGCGAAACGAAAUUUAAAUAAUGAAGGAACUUAAUCAUCCAAAUAUCAUUUCUUUCUAUUCAGUGUUUGAAACUAAUAAACAUAUAAAUUGUGUUUUAGAAUUAAUUCAAGGGGGAGAAUUACUUAAGUAGGGAUAAUACAAAAGCAUUAGAGAUGCAAGAAUUGUUGCUAAGCAACUGGCUUUAUGUUUGGAUUACAUGCAUUAGAAAGGUAUAAUGCAUAGAGAUUUGAAGCCACAAAACAUUUUAUGCAAAUCUAAUUCUCUUGACGUAUUGAUUGCUGAUUUUGGUUUGGCCACAUACAUUAAGAAUUAAAAACAAUAGUAUUAUCGUUGUGGAACCACUGGUUAUGUUGCUCCAGAAGUCUUAAUGUAUAAGGAGGGUUCUAAAAUGUACAAUGAAAAAUGUGAUAUCUUUAGUCUUGGAGUCAUCUUCUAUCAAUUGAUUUUCAAUGUCCAUCCCUUCAAAGACAGCACCAAGGCCGGAAUGUUGAAAAGAAAUUUAGUCGCUGACUAUAAGUUGGAUGAUCAAAUGAGAGUUCCUUAAAGUUGUAAGGAUCUUAUUGCUUCUAUGUUGAGAUUGAAUCCAAAGCAAAGGCCCUCUGCCUCUUAAAUCUUAAGACAUGAUUUCUUUAAUGAAGCAUUAAACGAGUUGUCUUAUCCAAGUUUGAUUGGCUCUUUUCAAGAUAUAAGUGAUCAUAAGAAAUCAGGUCAGUCUUUUAAUUCUCAAGUAGGGGAAUUGAAAUUAUCAACAUUUCAAAAGAAUGGUUAAGUGUCUAUUUUCGAAAAAAUGCCAUUAAAUAUUAAAUCGGCAAAUCAGAGUUUGGAAUUUAAAGAACUCUCGCCUCUUUGGAAUAAAAGGAUUACAUUAUAAUAACCAAUAACUUAACCAAGAUCCAAAGCUCAAUCGAUGCAGACGAAUAAAAACUUCGAUAUUAGAAGCCAAAAAGUAUCCAUAUUUCAAUAGCAUUCUAAAAAUUCAGAUAAUGACAUUGAAUAUCAUUAAGUGCCUUAUUAAACCAUAAGCAAUAGAUGUACUAUUAAAAAUAAAUGA